GUUCCUGCAGCCUGUGCAUAAAUGUGACAUGAACCUGACCGACCUGCUCGGAGAGUUGCAGAGAGACCCGUGGCCGGUGGCUCAAGGGAAACGCCCUCUUCGAUCUACUGGUGCUGCUCUGUCUAUUGCUGUUGGAUUGCUAGAGUGCACUUUCCCCAACACUGGAGCUCGCAUUAUGCUUUUUAUGGGAGGUCCCUGCACCCAGGGCCCCGGUAUGGUUGUUGAUGACGAGCUGAAGCACCCCAUCAGGUCCCACCAUGACAUUGAGAAAGAUAACUGCAAGUACAUGAAGAAAGCUAUGAAGCAUUAUGAAGCCUUAGCAAACCGUGCUGCAGCAAAUGGUCAUGUGAUUGACAUCUAUGCAUGUGCUUUGGAUCAGACUGGGCUACAUGAAAUGAAGUUCUGUCCAAAAUACACAGGAGGUCACCUGGUGAUGGGAGAUUCCUUCAACACAUCCCUGUUCAAGCAGACAUUCCAGAGAGUGUUUGCUCAUGACCAAAAGGGAGAGUUCAAAAUGGCAUUUGGGGCAACUUUGGAAAUCAAGACAUCGCGAGAACUAAAGGUUUCUGGGGCAAUUGGACCAUGUGUUUCCCUGGGCGUGAAAGGACCCGCUGUGUCGGACACAGAAAUAGGCUUGGGUGGGACAUGCCAGUGGAAAAUGUGUGGGCUGUAUCCCAACACCUCCUUGGCUGUGUACUUUGAAGUUGUCAAUCAGCACAAUGCCCCAAUACCCCAAGGUGGUAGAGGAUACAUACAGUUUAUAACUCAAUAUCAACAUUCAAGUGGUGAGAGAAGAGUUCGGGUCACUACUGUGGCUAGAAGCUGGGCAGAUGCAAGUGCCAACUUACAGCACAUAUCCGCUGGGUUUGAUCAAGAGGGCGCAGCAGUUAUGAUGGCCAGAAUUGCUGUUUACCGAGCUGAGACAGAUGAUGGCCCUGAUGUUCUGAGGUGGUUGGAUCGAAUGCUUAUUAGAUUGUGCCAGAAAUUUGGUGAUUACAACAAGGACGAUCCUAACUCAUUUAGGUAUUCAGAAAACUUUUCGCUGUACCCCCAGUUUAUGUUUCACUUAAGAAGAUCACAGUUUCUCCAGGUGUUCAACAACAGUCCUGAUGAAACUUCAUACUACAGGCAUAUGUUGAAUGUAGAGGAUUUAACGCAGUCGCUGAUUAUGAUACAGCCAAUCCUGUACUCAUACUCCUUUCAUGGACCCCCUGAGCCUGUGCUGCUGGACAGUAGUAGCUUACAGCCAGACAGAAUUCUUCUCAUGGACACUUUCUUCCACAUACUGAUAUAUCAUGGAGAGACAAUAGCUCAGUGGAAGGCUCAAGGCUAUCAAGACAUGCCAGAGUAUGAGAACCUGAAGCAGCUACUGCAGGCUCCACUGGAUGAUGCUCAGGAGAUCCUUCAGACCAGAUUCCCCAUGCCACGUUACAUUGUGACUGAGGCAGGAGCAUCACAGGCCCGGUUCCUGUUGUCCAAAGUCAACCCUUCACAGACACAUAAUAACGUAUUUGGUUUCGGAGGCCAGGAUGGCUCGGUACCAGUCCUGACGGAUGAUGUCAGCCUGCAGGUCUUCAUGGAUCACUUGAAAAAACUGGCAGUAUCCAGUUCCUCCUGA